UUCCAUUUCAGUGUCUUUCUCUUUCUCUCUCUCUCUCUCUUGUGCGAUCAUUGUCAGCAGCUCUGAGCACGGGUCUUCGUUGUUUUUUUUAGUCUUCUUUGGUGCUUACAGACGAUUUAGAUCAAAACCCAGAAAGGAAAAGGGGAAGAAGAACAAGCUAUGGAAGGAGACAGAAGAGUUGGGGUGGCUGUGGAUUUCUCUGAGUGUAGCCGAGAAGCCCUGAAAUGGACUAUCAAUAACGUUAUCCGAGAUGGGGAUCACCUUAUUCUGAUCAGUGUUCGUCCAGAGGGUAAUUAUGAAGAUGGAGAGAUGCAGCUUUGGGCAACCACUGGUUCACCUUUAAUUCCUUUGAGUGAGUUCUGUGAUGCUCACACCAUGAAAAAGUAUGGAGUAACUCCUGACCCUGCAACACUUGACAUUGUUAGCACCAUUGCUAGGCAGAAAGAGGUUGUGGUGUUAAUGAAGAUCUAUUGGGGUGAUGCCCGUGAGAAGAUUUGUGAAGCUAUUGAUAAUAUCCCUUUGAGCUGCCUUGUUAUUGGUAACAGAGGCCUUGGCAAACUCAAAAGGGUUGUCCUUGGGAGUGUUAGUAACUAUGUGGUGAACAAUGGCUCAUGCCCAGUUACUGUGGUCAAGCAUGGACACCAUUAAAACUCAUUAUGCUUCAGACUUAUAAAACCAUGCUAGUGGUAAUGCCUUUGAAUAAAAUUUCUUUAUCAUUUUAGUGUGGUAAAGCUGUGUUAAUACUUUUUGAAAAAAGUAUUUGUAAAUGAGAGUCUGUUGAUGCUUUGUUUCUAUGUUAUGAUGUGGAUUGGAGGUACUUGAAGAAUAAAUGAUUGUAUUGGGUUUUUAGAAACUGAAUGUGGGGAAAUGAAGUAUAUUCGUUUCUUUUUUCUUUUUGAAUCUAAUUAAGUAUUAAAUGGUGUUAGAAGCCAUUAAUGA